GCUUCAACAAACUGAGGAUCUAACAAUAAUAUUGAGGUUAUGACAACAAUUUAUAUUCAAAAUCUUAAAAUAAUGCAGUCGGCAGCCGGUGGUGAUGUGGACCGCGCUCUGAGCAGUAUAAGGGCACGUGCGGACCACUUGCGUCAUACUGUCGCGCGUCUAGAGCACAAUUUAGCUUGGAAUCCAGCUAGCACAUGGUCGAAACGCACUAUCUUUCUGUAUCGGCAUUCAUAGCUCA